AUUUUUACAACUACAUUACUUUGCCUGGCACCGCUCUGCAUAUUAGAGCUGCAGCCCACCAUGAAUUGUCCCUCUCGUCCAGACAACACAGAGGACCAUCCUGACUGGAACCAGAACCCUCAAGAUCUGAACUCGGACUUGACCACACGAGCAGAUCUCAAUGGGAUAGUCAAUCUCCGCGAACAAAGACACCUGGAUUCAAGUUUGGACAACGACCAACAAGAACAAAUCCAGGUGGUGCAGACUCUCCCCAGUGACUCGCCUGUUAAAACGUCUGGAAAGACCCUCUCUGUCAAGGUUGAUCCUGUGGUACACGAGUCUGCUGCACAUGUCGGAUCCUCGUCCACGGACUUUCAACGCCCACGCCCACGCCCAGCUUCGUUUCUCGCUUUCUCGGCCUGGGUUGUCAAGAAAAGUGUCAACACUUUGCAAAAAUACGCCCGCUUCGUUGGCCCUGGUUUCCUCAUUGCUGUCGCCUACAUCGAUCCUGGAAACUAUGCCACCGAUGUUGAGGCCGGUGCUGCUACUCAAUACCGUCAUUUGUUCAUCAUCUUGAUGUCUAACAUCAUUGCUAUCUUUCUCCAGUCCCUCUGUAUCAAACUCGGCAGUGUCACUGGUCUGGAUCUCGCUGAGAAUUGUCGCAAGCAUUUGCCCAAAUGGCUUAACCUAAUCCUUUAUGUCUUUGCUGAGGCAGCCAUUAUUGCUACUGACAUUGCUGAGGUUAUUGGCUCUGCUAUUGCUCUAAACUUGCUUUUCAACAUCCCCCUCGUGGCCGGAUGUGCCAUUACUCUGGUAGAUGUGCUCGUGCUCCUCAUUUUCUACCGUCCUGAUGGCUCCAUGGGCCGACUACGACUAUUCGAGUACUUUGUAAUGAGUUUGGUCCUUGGUGUCAUGAUCUGCUUCUGCAUUCAACUUUCCUACUUGGAAAACACCACUGCUGGUCAGGUCUUCAAAGGUUAUCUUCCAUCCGCGGCCAUCGUCGAGGGCAAUGGUAUAUACCUCUCGUGCGGUAUCAUCGGCGCCACGGUCAUGCCUCAUUCCAUCUUCCUGGGAUCUGGAGUCGUCCAACCACGGCUCAAGGAGUUCGACCGCCAAAAUGGCCAUAUCAUGCUCGACGAAGAGGAUGACGAGGACGUCAAGUACGUUCCUUCCAUCUAUGCCAUCAAAUCGUGUCUCAAGUAUUCCAUCGUCGAACUCGCCACUUCUCUCUUCACAUUUGCCCUCUUUAUCAACUCGGCCAUUCUCAUCGUCUCAGGUUCUGCCCUCUACCCAAAGACCGAAGCCACCGAAGCCGACCUUUUCGGCAUAUACAACUUGUUGAACGAGAAUCUGUCCAAGGCCGCAGGAACUCUCUUUGCCAUUGCGUUGCUGCUCUCUGGAACCUCAGCCGGUAUCGUCUGUACCAUGGCAGGCCAGAUGGUGUCCGAAGGUAUGCUUCAUUGGACGAUCAAGCCAUGGUUGCGCAGACUCAUCACCCGUUCAAUCAGCAUUGUUCCCAGUAUUGUCAUUGCUGGUGCCAUUGGUCGUGAUGGUCUCAACAAAGCUCUGACCGCUAGUCAAGUCUGUCUCAGUGUCAUUUUGCCCUUUGUCUCGGCACCCUUGAUCUGGUUUACCUGUCGCAGUCACAUCAUGACCGUCCACACUUUGGAGGGCGAACAACGUGGCCAGGAAUUCAACAUGCGCAACAACUGGUUGACUGCCGCUCUCGCUGCCCUCAUCUGGCUUGUCUUGGUCGUCAUGAACAUUGCCCUACUAGUUCUGGUUGGGCUUGGCAAAGCCUAAACUCCUCGACGAGUAGAAGGGAGAGAAGGAUGCCGACCAAGACAAUGUGCAAUAUCGCUGGGAUAUUCAAGGAGACGGAUCGCCGUAGAGUUGGCCAUACAAGGUGACGCGAGGAAGAGAGACGAGAGGAAGGGAGGUGAAUAGGUAAGGUGUCGUAGCUCCACAUAGCUCCACUGCCGCAUCAAAGAUUAGAGUAGAGUAGAGAAGUAGUCGAUACAAAGCAAUACACCGCGCUCAUUUG